AUGAUGACAACAUCGGAGGCUGAGUGUGCCUGUGGGGGACCCGGGGACGCCGGGGUUGUAAGGUCGUUGACAGAGGACACCGGCUCUGCAUCUGCGGUGGACCAGGAGUCUGGCAUUAGUGCCAAGCUCGAUGAGCACACUCGACUCUUGAUGGAGAACUCCCGGAAAUUGACAGACCUCCAAGAGCAACUGGCGAAGUGCCAGAAUACAAUAGAGCAAAAGACCUACGCGAAUGUGGUGGCAUCGAAAUCGCCACAACAGGUACAGGGCGCAAUUCACUCGAUGGUUGUUACGUCGAAAAAU